UACAAGCACGCAGACUUUCGACUCCCAAGUCCGGGAAGAAGGCUCUCCAACCCGAGAGCGCCCCAGGCCAGUGUCUCCUUCCCCUCAGUCGCUGUUGCCAUCUCCCCUUCCUCCUCCUUGGGACUCUGGAAUCUCACACCAGCCCUGCUGUGGCUCCUGAGACGUUGUUGAGUCCCCAGUGUCUUCUCCAGGGUGCAGGGACCAUGAUGUCCGGUGAACAGGAACAGGGGCCUUACUACGUGGGCGUGGAUGUCGGAACAGGCAGUGUCCGUGCAGCCCUGGUGGACCAGAGAGGGGUCCUUUUGGCUUUUGCAGACCAGCCAAUUAGGAAGUGGGAGCCCCAGUUCAACCACCAUGAGCAGUCCUCUGAGGACAUCUGGGCUGCGUGCUGUGUUGUCACUAAGAAAGUUAUACAAGGGAUCAAUUUAAAGCAGAUUCGAGGACUUGGGUUUGAUGCCACGUGUUCUCUGGUUGUUUUGGAUAAGCAGUUUCGUCCUUUACCAGUAAACCAUGAAGGGGAUUCUCAUCGAAACAUCAUCAUGUGGCUGGACCAUCGAGCAGUCAGUCAAGUUCAAAGGAUCAAUGAGACCAAGCACAGCGUCCUCCAGUAUGUUGGGGGGUUGAUGUCUGUGGAAAUGCAGGCCCCGAAGCUUCUGUGGCUAAAAGAGAACUUGAGAGAAACUUGCUGGGACAAGGCGGGACACUUUUUUGAUCUCCCAGACUUCUUAUCGUGGAAGGCAACAGGUGUCACAGCACGGUCUCUGUGCUCCCUGGUGUGCAAAUGGACAUACUCGGCAGAGAAGGGCUGGGAUGACAGUUUCUGGAAGAUGAUUGGUUUGAACGAUUUUGUGGCAGAUAAUUACAGCAAAAUAGGAAACCAAGUAUUGCCUCCUGGAAGUUCUCUCGGAAAUGGGCUCACGCCAGAGGCAGCCAAAGAUCUUGGCCUUCCUGCCGGAAUUGCGGUGGCAGCCUCGCUCAUCGACGCCCACGCAGGAGGACUAGGAGUGAUUGGAGCAGAUGUGAGGGGGCACAACCUCGUCUGUGAGGGCCAACCAGUGACAUCACGGCUGGCUGUCAUCUGUGGAACAUCUUCUUGUCACAUGGGGAUCAGCAAAGACCCGAUUUUUGUACCAGGUGUCUGGGGGCCCUAUUUCUCCGCCAUGGUCCCUGGGUUCUGGCUGAAUGAAGGUGGUCAGAGCGUCACUGGAAAAUUGAUAGACCACAUGGUGCAGGGGCAUCCUGCCUUCCCUGAACUACAAGCCAAGGCUACAGCCAGAUGCCAGAGUAUAUAUGCAUAUUUGAACAGUCACCUGGAUCUGAUUAAGAAGGCUCAGCCUGUGGGUUUCCUCACUGUUGAUUUACAUGUUUGGCCAGAUUUCCAUGGCAACCGGUCUCCCUUAGCAGAUCUGACACUAAAGGGCAUGGUCACCGGAUUGAAACUGUCUCAGGACCUUGAUGAUCUUGCCAUUCUGUACCUGGCCACAGUUCAAGCCAUUGCUUUCGGUACCCGCUUCAUUAUAGAGGCCAUGGAGACAGCAGGACAUUCUAUCAGUACACUUUUCUUGUGUGGAGGCCUGAGCAAAAAUCCCCUCUUCGUGCAAAUGCAUGCAGACAUUACUGGCAUGCCUGUGGUCUUGUCACAAGAGGUGGAGUCUGUUCUCCUGGGUGCUGCUAUUCUGGGUGCCUGUGCCUCGGGGGAUUUCGCUUCUGUACAGGAGGCAAUGGCAAAAAUGAGCAAAGUUGGAAAAGUUGUGUUCCCGAGACAUGAGGAUAAAAAAUAUUAUGACAAGAAGUAUCAAGUAUUCCUGAAGCUGGUUGAACACCAGAAGGAGUAUUUAGCAAUCAUGAAUGGGGACUGACAGGACUUGCAGAUGCUGAUGCUGGAAGGUUCUGUGCUGCUGCAUGAUGGACUUCUGACGUUUCAUCUUAUAUUCAAAACCCUUUAAAAGUCAUGUCAUCAUUUCUGUAUUAUCUUCUAAUAAAACUGAGACAUGUGUGAUCAGAA